AUGGUGAUGACAGACAUCUUUUGCUGCCGGAUCCAGUAUGUGGAUGAUUCGGACCCUUUCGCUACAACAUCCUGCUCACAUUUGGAACCAAGUCGGCCAGUUAUGCAUAAUUUCUUACUCUAUCAGUCGAUCGGUGAGCAAUUACCCGAUGUAAUCCGAACACUUCGAGCACCGCAUAAGGUUUGUUUCAGUGCGUACUUUUAUUCUAAAAACUAAAA